AUGCUUUCAUUCCAGCUCCGAAGGGGACAACUUGAGCUGCAAAUCCAUCGACAUUGGCUGAGAACCUUUCAAUUGACCCAUGGCGAGCAAAGGCUGAGGCACUUCAGCGCUGUCCAUCGGAAUGGACGAGAAGAAAAACCUCGCUGGAGUCCCAUAGCCCAGGCGAGGUUAAGAGCAGAGACAGAGAAUAGAAGAGAGCGUGCGCAACAAAGACGGAAUGCAGCUGAGACAGACCCAAAUCUUUCCGAUGCGCAGCAGCGCAAACGAGAAAGAUGGGAGGGGAGGAGAUCAAGCCCAGUGCAGACGGUUGAGUUGAAGGCGUUGGCUGUACGGCAAGAUCUCCUGGACGCUGUCCAGGCAAACAAUAUAUCUGCCGUGUUUCGCCUCUACAACGAACUGCCGGAGAAGAGGCCGUUGAUUCAGGGCGAUUUCAAAUCCAUUGCACUAUGCACGCUUCGUGCCUGGAGGGCCGAAGCCCAGAGACCGAUGGAUGAGCAAAGUACGGAUAAGAAGCAAGAAAUGGUGUCGUUCGCCGAAACACUGGCCAAAGAUAUUCGGCAGGGCAAUAUCGUGCCCUCACGUUCGGCACAUUCGUAUCUGCUUUUGCUCUUCCUGGAGUCAGGCCACAUACAAUCUGGCGUGAAAUUCUGGACUUGGUUGGAGACCCAGGACGAUCAGCACAAUGGCUAUGAGACUUAUACUAUGGCGAUCAAAUUGCUCGGUAGCCAUGGGCUUCCGCUACAAGAACUCGAAUCUUUGUACAGUAGAGCUCUUGCUCGCUAUCCAGGCACCUUCAAUGCAUAUCAUUUGUCGCCAAACGCUAUACUUCCAGAUCGUGAAGCGACCAUGGAUCUCAGGCUUCCUCUUGACCUGCUCCAAGAAAUCACUACCCAGCGUCUUUUACGCGGCGAUUCUCGCCAGGCAUACCUUGCUCUAGACACCGCCUUUCGAGUGUAUCCAACUCAUGUGAGUCCACGUUUUAUCAAGCCUUUCCUGGAAGAGCGACCGAAUUCCGAAGCAUAUACAGUUUUCGCUAUGGCAUGUCGAGCGGGUGUGAUUCUGCCAUUUGCCUAUGUACGGCUCCUGGUCUCGAGGCUACGAACGAUGACAGCCGAAAACACGUCUAUCCGAGAUCGCAUUGCCAUACUACGCGCAAUGCUGGCGACCGUGUACCUUCACGUCGGAGUUACUGGCAAAGCGCUCCCGAAUAUCCUGAGUGAGCUCAUCAUCGCCACGACCCUCUUGUUUCGGCUGCCGGGCAUCGACAAGAUGGAAGGAGUUGAGCGCAAGAAGCUGGUGGACGUGGUGCUUCUGUCGAUCCGUGGAAUGAUGGAGACAUUCGCUCGCUUCGGUGCAUUGCCAUCAACAGCGGCUUUCAAUUCUAUUAUAGUCAAUAUUGCCGGCCACGGCCAGUCCACUGAGACGUUGAAGAUUGUCCUCGACGACUUUCAAACGUUGAAGUUGGAACGAACUGACGUGACACGGCGGUCUUUGCUUUCCGUUGCAGGCCUCUGGGAUAACAAGGACUUGGUAGAGGAGUUCUGGACGCAAAUCGUUGAGGCAAGACAAUUGAAAGGUGAAGCACCAGACCCGACUGAUUUCUUCGUCCUCAGCAAAGCAGUCAAAACAACUGGGCAAUUCUCCUUCGCUGAGCUACAAUUCAACAAGCUAAAGGCGCUCAUUCCACAUUAUCAGCACAGUUCUAUCGAGUAUGCUAUCGCGAAAGCACAGGAGCCUGAAGAUGUUCACGACACUUCGAGUGGUGCGAACGUCAAUUUCGAGGAAUUGCACGAUGGUCUUCAGAAGCUGGCCGCCGAUAUUGCUGUGCUUGAAGCUGUAUCGAGAGAUGGUUCUGUAGUGCAGGAUUACAGCGGCAAGAGACUUCCAUUGAAACUCCUGCCCGCCGAAGGCGCACUAGAUACCACUGAAGACGUCAUGCGGAAAGUCUACGAUGCGAUGACCACCGAGCAGUCGACACCUAGCUCCGAGUCUAGAGAUGUGGUCGAGAAAGAUCCAGAGAACGCAUCUCGACCGGCACCAAGAGUCGAUCGCAGCAUCACUAACCUCACACUGGGCGACCUUCGCUACGAAACAUGGAAAGACAUCAACUAUCUCCUCCAACUGGCUGAGGAACAUGACGAGCAUUUCAAUGAGGCUGUGGAUCGGUCCAUCGCCAACAGCGAAAGGCCGCCGAACAGAGAGAUGGGGUUCACGAAGGAAGAAUUGGAGGACAUGCACGGCUUUGGACUCAGUGAAACACAGCAGGAGAAGAGAGGUGCGGACAGUCGAGUCGGUUUGAUAGAGUACAGGAAGGAAGUAAUGAGGUUGAGAGGAAUAGCGGCGGCUCCGUGA